GGGCAUUUCCGGGAGCAUCGGCCAGCCUCCCUAGGCCACAGUUUCACUUUUGGGUCUGUGCACUUGCUCAGAAGCUUCCCGGCACAGCCCUGGUCUGCAGGGAGGCCUUGCUUCACGUCGUGGGCCCGGAGCCUGGGGUGACGGUCACGCCCUGAUCGCAGAACGCCUGAGCCAUCUGUACCCCUCGGGAGCAUGACGUCCACCUUCGAAAGGGUGGUCAAGAGCGUGGUCCGGGAGCUGGACCCCAAAGGAGACCUUAUCCCCGUGGACAGCCUGCGGAGCUCCAUCAGCUUCCAGCCCUACUGCCUGCUGGGCAGGAAGCUCUCCAGCUCAUGGUUCUGGAAACCCCGCUACAAGUGUCUCAACCUGUCCAUCAGGGACAUUCUGGAGCCUGAUGCCCCAGAACCAGCUGUGGAACGCGUCGCCUCUUUCCACAUCGAAGACCUCGUGGACGGGAUGGUGGAGGGCAACGUGGAGGUGAAAGCGCUGGGACAGGGCAAGUUUGUGAGCGGGGCAGCGGUGUCGGCCACAGCCAGCACCUCCGUGAACGUGUGCAUGCUGAAAGUGCCCCUCAACACCUGGGGGGCCAUGAAAAAAGAAAGGCGCCUGCGGCAGCCGGAGCACAAGAUCCUGCAGCAGCUGCGGAGCUGCGGGAACGACGUGUUCGUGGUGACGGAGGUGCUGCAGACGCAGGAGGAGGUGGAGGUCACCCGGGCCCAGAAGCAGGAGGGCUGUGGCCAAUUCGCCCUGCCCGGAGCCCUACGCCUGCAGGGCAAGGGCCAGGGCCACCUGAACCGGAAGAAGACAGUCACCAUCCCCUCAGGCAGCGUCCUUGCAUUCCAGACGGCCCUGCUGGUUAUUGGCCCUGACUGGGAGAUCCACCACCUCCGGCACAAGGACGCGAGGACCUUCAGGCUGCCCCAGACAGGCCACAAGCCUACAAGCAGCACAGGUCUCCUGUCACAGAUACCUCUCAGCUACUUCAAGAUGAGGUUCCCAUCUACACCCGUGGACAUGGUGUCGGAUGGGGACAUUGAGGACCAGAUGCCAGUCACUGAAGACUUUCAGGGCCUGAAGGUAGAGGUUAGUGUCCACGCCGACGGCCUGAAGGGCUUGUCCGGGGAACUGUGCGGGCAGAUCCUGGCAGGCCUGAUGAAGGUGUUGCGGGAAGAGCCAGCCUUGGAGAGCCUCCAGGAGGAGCUGGAACAGGGCCUGUGCUGUGGGUGGGUGGCGUCCCCCGAUGCCCCGGGGGGUGCCAUCCUGGAGUGCCUGGUGCAGUCCUCUGGAAAGGUAGAGGAAGAACUCGCCCGCCCCAUCCUCUACCUCGUACAAGCACUGACCGAGCUGAACGAAACCCAGCGUGUACUGCUCGCAGAGGCGCUGGAGACAGGGGACCUGUCCGGGCAGUCCAGGCUGGUGCAGAGCGUCCUGGAGCAGAGCUCCCCCUGGAAGGAGCACAGGGCUGUGUCCCUGCCGCAGGAGCUCCUGGGGAGCAGCUGGGACUCAAAGGCACCUGCCUGGGUCCUGCUGGAGGAGUGUGGUCUGGAGCUGCGGGUGGACGUCCCCCAGGUGCACUGGCAGCCGGACGCGCAGGGCCGCACGAGCGCCCUCUACGCCUGCCUGGUGCUGCUGCCGCAUCUGAGCCAGGACAGCGCUUAGGGCCGAGCCUGGCUCUCCCGCCGGGGCGCCCGGGCAGCCCUCCGGGCGGGGCGGGGCUCCUGCCCAGCUGGCGGCCAGUCCCGGGAAGGCGAGAGCCCGACCGGCCACGUGGCCGGUUCAGCGUGGGGCCAGGAGUUGGGGAAAGUCAAUAAAUGUGAUGUGUAAAGGAAA